CGACAUUUGGACCACUACCGUUGUUCUUCACCGUAGACGGAGCUUGGGAUUGGUCCCACGGGCCAUGUGGGGGCCUACACAUACUGCAAAAUGGUAGUGCUAGAUGUGGGAAGAACCUGCAACAAAGGUACUUCACCGGGUGUCGAGAUCACAAAGCACUUGACAGCGUUUUUGGACUUCCAAGAGGGCGACCGUCGACGCCACCAGCGGGGUUAUAAAAGCGAAUCAAACCAAGUUUAACGAAGGCCCAUCAGAUCAACCCCUCAUCAACAUGUUUGCCUCUCUCAAUUUGUCGGCCCUCGCCCUCUUCGCCCUCGCUACCAUCCGUCCCGCCUCCGCCGUUAGAGGCACCUACUGGUCCACCCAAUCCGACGGCGGCGGAUGUCAAGUCCCCGAAGGCACCUACACGAUCCCCGACGCCGUGGCCCUCGGCCAAUCCCGCGAUCUCGGCGGGCUGAUCUACCGCCCCGGGCUGUGCGGCAAAGUGCUGACGAUCCAAUGCGGCGGUCAAUCGGUUGACGCGGUCAUCGCAUCCACCUGUAAUCUGGGCAGUGACUCGUGUGGAGUGGAUUUGAUCGCUAGGACGUGGAAGACGGCGACGGGUGGGAAGCCGCCUGGUGUCGCUGAUUGCUCGGUCAAGCUGUCAGGCAGGAACCCGCUGGCGGGCGCCGGGCCCGUGUGCUAUACCCGCCCGAACAGCGGCGGUGGGUCGCCGUACUAUUACAGCUUGGGGGUGCUCAACACAGGCACCGAAAUUCCCAAAUCAGCUACCCUCGCCGGCGUAGCAGGAACGUGGGCCAACGGCGCUUGGUUCCAGUUCAACAGCGGCGGCCGGCCGCUUUUUGUUCCGGGAGCUAGGUUUGAAGUGACUUAUGAGUCGGGAAGGAAGGCCUCGUUUGAUCUGGGCCAGUGCAAACCAUCUAGCGGCGUACACAUCUUCCAGUAGACGGACUUGAUGGGUGAAUCCUCAUAUAUAGUCUCAAUGAAUCUCGUGGAAGAUAGCUUAGAUCAUGAAAUGGAAGAGGUCUCACUCGCCAUGUACUUGAUAUCUUGUGCUCGGUUGUCAACGCCCGUGAAUACAUAUUUUUCUUUUGAAGCGGACAUCCCAAUGUCGACACACAU